UGUUGGAGAGGAGACUUGAGUAAAUUCAGACUGGACGGGAUAUUGUAGAGUGCUUGCUGUCAAGCCAAAAGAGUCCUGGCUUGUGGAUUUAAAUCACAGUCUGAAGAUACUGCUGCUUUUAAUUUUCUGGCCUGAGAAGAAAUUGAGAGAAAGAGGGAGAAAUGACACUUUCUCAGUGUUCAGUGACCUUUGAAGAUGUAACAGUGAUAUUCAGUCAAGAGGAGUGGGCAUUAUUAAAUUCUUCAGAGAAGAAACUCUACAGAAAUGUGAUGUGGGAAAAUAUUAAAAACCUUCUGUCGAUAGGAAAUUUACAAGGGGACCAUUCCAUCAAAGAGCAGUGUAACCACCAAGGAAGUAAAAGAAUAUCAUCAAGUAAAUUCUCACUGUUUUCCAGUAAGAGAGUGAAAAUCUCUGAGGCCAAAGAACAAAGACAAAAUAGUGAGGAACCUCAAGAAUGUGAAGUAUACAACAAAGUACUCACUUAUUCCAGUCAGCUUAAAAAACACAAAAGAACUCUCACUGGAAAGAAACCUUAUGAGUGUAAACUAUGUAGUAAAAAAUUCAGCACAUCCAGUUAUCUUCGUAUACAUGAAAGAACUCACAGUGGAGAGAAACCCUAUGAGUGUAAACAAUGUAGGAAAACAUUCAAUUUUUCCAGUCGUCUUCGGAAACAUGAAAUAACGCACAGUGGAGAGAAACCCUAUGAAUGUAAACAAUGUAGAAAAACAUUCAGUCAAUCCAGUAAUCUUCGGACACAUGAAAGAAUACACAGUGGAGAGAAACCAUAUGAAUGUAGUCAAUGUGGAAAAAUAUUCUGUCAUUACAGUUCUCUUUGGAACCAUGAAAGAAUUCACAGUGGAAUGAAACCCUAUGAAUGUAAACAAUGUAGGAAAACAUUCAGUCAAUCUGGUUCUCUUCGAAAACAUGAAAGAAUACACAGUGGAGAGAAACCCUAUGUAUGUAAACAAUGUAAGGAAACAUUCAGUGAAUCCAGUUCCCUUCGGACACAUGAAAGAACGCACAGAGGAGAGAAACCCUAUGAAUGUAAACAGUGUAGGAAAACAUUCAGUCAAUCCGGUUCUCUUCGGACACAUGAAAGAAGUCACAGUGGAGAGAAACCCUAUGAAUGUAAACAAUGUAGUAAAGCAUUCAGUUGUUCCAGUUAUCUUCGGAGCCAUGAAAGAAUGCACAGUGGAGAGAAACCCUAUGAAUGUAAACAAUGUAGUAAAGCAUUCAGUUGUUCCAGUUAUCUUCGGACACAUGAAAGAAUGCACAGUGGAGAGAAACCCUAUGAAUGUAAACAAUGUAGUAAAGCAUUCAGUUGUUCCAGUUAUCUUCGGACACAUGAAAGAAUGCACAGUGGAGAGAAACCCUAUGAAUGUAAACAAUGUAGUAAAGCAUUCAGUCAAAGAAGUUCUCUUCUGACACAUGAAAGAAUGCACAGUGGAGAGAAGCCCUAUGAAUGUAAACAGUGUAAUAAAGCAUUCAGUCAAAACUGUGCUCUUCGGAGCCAUGAAAGAACUCACAGUGGAGAGAAACCCUAUGAAUGUAAACAAUGUAGUAAAGCAUUCAUUUGUUCCAGUUCUCUUCGGAGACAUGAAAGAACUCACAGUGGAGAGAAGUUCUAGGAAUGGAAACAGUAUAGUAAAGCAUUUGCUGAUUCCUCUACUCAUCAGGUACUUAAAAGAAGUUACAGUGGAGAGAAAGCCUAUGAAUAUACAUGAUGCAGUGGAACAUUCAGUCAUUUCAGUCAUCUUUAAUCACAAGAAAUAAUGCACAGUGAAGAGAAACCCUAGUAAUGUAGACAAUAUAGAAAACCUUUCUGUUACUCCACUACUCAUAGAGCAUAUGGAAAUAGGCACACUGUUACUUAAACAGUGAGUUUGGUAAUCUUCAGCCACAUGAAAGUGCUCACAGUGUAGAGAAAAUAUUAAGUAAAAUUUAAAAAUAAG